AUGUCCGGGUUGCAGACAGAGACACUGGCGGAGUACAUCCUGGUAGAAUACCGUUGGAUUGUUGUGAUCACGGCGCUGCUGCCUAUGUCCUUGCUGUGGAAGAUCUGGUCCACUAUCAGGAAUUAUGUCGUGUUCAAAAUGAACAGUGCACCUAAAAUGCAUGACAAGAAAGUUAAAGAAGUACAGAGCCAGAUUAAGCGAUGGUUGGCGGGUGAUCGUAAGACCAAACUAUGCACCGCGCGCCCUGGAUGGCAGGCCAUGUCUUUUCGUCAGGCACUCUACAAGAAGACGUUCACCAAUAUCAAUGUGAACUUAGUGGACGUGCUUGAGGUGGACACAACCAAUCUGACCGUGCGCUGCGAGCCCCUGGUCACGAUGGGCCAGCUGUCGAGGACACUGGAGCCGUUGGGCCUGGCGCUUGCCGUGGUACCGGAGCUGGACCAGCUGACAGUCGGCGGCCUGGUAAUGGGCACGGGCGUCGAGACGUCCUCGCACAUCCACGGCUUGUUCCAGCACAUAUGUUUGCAGUACGAACUCGUUUUGGCCGACGGCUCGGUCGUUACCUGUAGCGAGAAAGAAAAUCCUGACCUUUUCUACGCUGUGCCAUGGUCUUACGGGACUCUUGGAUUUUUAACGUCAGUUGUUAUCCAGUUAGUGAAUGCCAAGAAAUUCGUCCGUCUGGAAUACCAUCCCUACACCAGCUUGUCGGAGCUGUCGACGCGUUUCCGACAGGAGGCCUUAAAAGGGCAACCGCACGACUUCAUCGAGGCUCUACUCUUCAGCAGAGAUAGCGGCGUCCUGAUGACUGGUGAUAUGGUGGACGAAGUCGGUGCUGAUGGGAAGAUGAACCCCAUCGGCAAUUGGCACUCGGAAUGGUUCUUCAAGCAGGUGAUGCGCCAUUUGAGGAAUUGGGAGCGAGGCACGAGGGGUGCCGCGGUGGAGUACAUACCACUGCGACACUACUACCACAGGCACACGCGCAGCUUGUUUUGGGAAUUGCAGGACAUCAUAUCGUUUGGCAAUAAUCCCAUGUUCCGUUAUCUCUUCGGCUGGCUGAUGCCACCAGAGGUUUCCCUUCUGAAGCUGACACAGCCGGAAGCUGUGGCCAAAUUGUAUGACCGCGCCCACGUCAUCCAAGAUAUGUUGGUGCCUAUAGAAACGUUGGAAAAGGCAAUAGACUGCUUUCACAAGGAGUUUGAGGUGUAUCCGAUAUGGCUCUGCCCCUUUAAAGUGUUCAACCGGCCCGGCCAGCUGCGCGUGAGCUCUGGCGAUUGGCAGAUGUUCGUCGACAUAGGAGUCUACGGCGUGCCGAAAGCCGAGGGAUUCGAGACCGUGCCAUCGACUAGACGCGUGGAGGAGUUUGUGAUUAAGAACAAAGGCUUCCAAAUGCUGUACGCCGAUACAUAUACGACUCUAGAAGAGUUCCGGCAAAUGUUCGACCACACGCUUUACGACAAGCUGAGGAACACGCUGCCCUACUGCAAGGAAGCUUUCCCGGAAAUAUACGGGAAAGUGAACAGGAAGAUGACGUCAGGAUACCACUAUACGGUAAAAACCGACUUCGGCGCGUGCGCCAAGAGAUCGCUUUGGAGAGGCGUGUUU